CCUGCCUAUAGUAUAUCUGCUUGCGAUAUUUUCAUACCUACUUAUUUGUACAGUUUAAUUAAUUGGUUCCAUUCAAGUCGCUGCAGCGGUAAAUAGAACUACAAACAGGUACUCGAGCCAAUGUAAUUUAUAAUUUUAAUUUCAUACGGCUUCAUGUACGAAUUAGUGUUGGUGCUGUGCAAUUUCAUUGAACGUUAUCUUCUUAAAUUCCAGAGCCUGACAAACCUACCAUGUGGGCUGGAGUCCAACAACAACAUAGCCACCGCGGGCGUGAGCAUGGACGAAGAGGACGGUAGUGCGGAUGAUGACGAGCACAUACGAACUGGUCUGUGCAACGAUGAAGACUCGCAAGACAACACCUUUCCGACGUCAUUCGCGAAUCCGUCCGGGGCGACCGCCGGCACAGCGCUCGUCAACGGCAUUCGAAAUGGCGGCGGAGGCAGUGGAAGCGGAACCGGAAUCGAAAAGUUCCGCAUCGAAUAUCCGAAAAAGUUCCACAACGCCCGCAGCAUGUCACUGUCCAUGGAACGGAACGCUUACUGCGAACUGUGCCGCUUUUCGCGCAGCCCCGUGCCGUUUGACCUGGCUGGAGGUGGCGGAGGCGGCGAAYCGGAUGAACGCGACAAAGGCGUCCGCCGGUACUUUGGAUUCACCAUCAAACAGUACAUGGCGCUCGGUUCGCUCGCGCUGGUCGACUUCCUCGGAUUCUGUUCCAUGUCCGUCAUGGCGCCGACCUUUCCGAAAGAGCACGCAUGGUGCUAUUACAAGCUAUUGCCAAUGGUACAAGAUAACUUCCAAUUUAAAAUAUUGUGCUUUGUAGUACGAGGACUGGAAGCAAUCGGUGCCAGUGCAUUUUCCACGUCAAGUUUUGUUUAUGUCAUUCAAUUAUUUCCAGAAAACGUCAGUAGCGUUUUAGGUAUACUAGAAACAUUUGUGGGUUUAGGUAUGAGUGUUGGACCUGCAAUUGGAGGUUUGCUAUCUUCGGUCGGUGGUUAUGCAAUGCCGUUUUUCGUCGUGGGCCUCUUGAUGGUGGCUACGGUGCCUCUGCACAUUUACCUUAUGCCUCCAAUUAGAGAUGAUGUAAAAGCAUCGCAAGCUGUUGGCAGCCGUUCCAAAGGUAUAGUCAAAUUACUCAUAAUUCCGUCAGCUUUUGUUGUCGGCGCCGUCAUUACGGUCACAUCCAACUUUUGGGCGUCACUCGAUCCAACGCUCGAACCACACUUGAGAGAGGUAUAUUAUUAGUAUAAAUACAAUCAUUCCGUACAUGUCUACCUAUGUGUUUCGGAUGUCUUACGUUACGUCAAUAUAGCAACGACAUUUUAAAUCCGUACUUUUGUCAACUUAAAACCCAUUUAUUUUCUGCUUUUGUUUGCUGAUGUCUUAUGGUUGAACCUCGUUGGACUUGGAAUUUUGGGAGUGUCUGCAUCAUUAACGAUGAUGCCAGCAUUUAACUUCAUCUUAUCGAGUGCAAUAGAAAAUGGAUUUCAAGAAAGCGUUUCUACAUUUGGAACCGUCGCCGGGUUUUGGUCGUCAGCCUAUUCACUCGGUGAUAUGACCGGUCCAUCGUUGGGAGGCGUCCUCUUACAACAUUUCGGGUUUUCUAUAUGCAUGACCACAAUGGGUCUAUUUUGUUUAGUAGUGGGUGUGAUUUCGAUUGGGUUUUUUGGUCUUGUGAAAAAAAAAAAAAAACCUCCAAGAACGAUGUCGGACAAAAGUCCGCUAAACGAUCCAAAAAUUAUACAUCCACGGUAUAAUUCAGUGAACGACGAUCGUGGUGGACUUAUGAUUACUUCCAAUUUUUCAUCUAAAACCGAAACAACUGAAGUGUAAAUUAUUUCGGUAAACCAUUCUACCUGUGUCGAAAGUUCCAUUUUUUAUUUGUUCACCGUUUCGGCAAAAGGAGGAUUCGUUAAUAAUAGCUCAUUUUUAGAAAUUAUCUUUAUUAUUCCAACUAGUAAAUAACUAUAGUUGAUAAAUUAAUUUACACCAAAUAGUUAUACUUGACCUUAACAUUUUUUCGAAAAAUAUUUAUAAUAAUAUGUAAAAUUAAAGAUUUAGUAUUAAUUAUUUUAAACUGUAAUAUUGCUAAUUGUAUGUGAAUUAGAUAAGUAUUUUUUUUAGAACACGUUUAUUUUAUUUUUCAUCAUA